UACUAACCCCAUCUAGUCUACCCAUCGGUAUCAGCAACCGCCGACCUAGACCAAUGCUCACAAAAAAAGUUCGAGCUGCGCGCACUCGCAGAUCCUCCACUCUACAACACACGCAUCACAAACAGACAUGGCACCUUCGAAACCCUCCCACAAGGGAAAACCCGGCGGCAAGCUCGGAUCCGCAGCCAAAAAGCCUUCUGGCUCCAAACCCAAAGGAAGCGCGCCCACCGGAAUUUCGAAGCGACAACAAAAGUCACAAACGCUGCUGAAGCCCGGCGGCGCACAGAAGACAAAGUCUAAACCUGUCAAUAAUGGAAGGAAAAAGAAGCGUGUCUAUACAGAGGCAGAAUUGGACAUCCCCAAGCUCAACAGCAUCAUACCUGCAGGUAUCGCAAAGCCAAAGGGCCAGAAGAAGGGAAAGAUUUUCGUCGACGAUGCUGAGAGCAUGAUUGCGAUCAUGAGUGUCGUCAAUGCUGAGAAGGAGGGACAAGUGGAGAGCAAGAUCAUGCGCGCGCGACAAUUGGAGGAGGUCAGAGAGGCGAAGAGGAAGGAGGCAGAGAAGAGGAGUGCAGAGAAGGAGAAGAAGUUUGAGGAGAGGAAACAGGGCCUCAAGAAAAAGAGGAGCAAGCAGUCGGACAAGUCUGAGUUUGACGAUGUGGAAAACGAGGCUCCGCAGAAGGACAAGAAGUCAAAGAAGAGGGUCUCUUUUGGUUGAGGAGGUGAACAGGAGCAGGAAAUUAUUGGUGUGGUCUAUGGACUAUCUACGAAUGAUGUCUAAAAGUCUAAUGAUACCCUUUCUCGAUGCAUCAACAAAUCAACUCAAGGGCACGGUCAGUCGCCUGUUUGACGGAUCCCACUUCGGG